AUGUAUAAUAAACAAAUAUAUUAUCAAGCAGCAAAAGAAUGUACAGAAAAAAUGCAAACAUAUACAGAAAAAGAUGAAAAAGAAAAUUUUGAAACAAAAAUUAAAUUUUGGAAUUUGUGUAUUAAUUUAAAUUUGGAUGACUCUUUUAAGGAAGAAAAUAUAAAAGGGCAAAAGGAAAUGCUUGCAGAAUUUUUAAUUAAUUAUUUGAAUAAAGAUAUGAAGAAAAUAAAUGAAUGGAAUGAAAAAUUGGGGAGAAUUCAUGGUUAUUUUUUAAAAUUAAAAUUAAUUAUAAAUUUGAAAAUUAAUUUAUUUUAA